UAAAAGCAUGGGAAUAACUAUAUCUAGGGUCGUCGCGAAUUUAGGUGAGUCGACGAUACAAUUAUUAAAAUAGUUAACACGUUGUCUUCUUCUCCUCUGUUUUAUAUAACAUGAGUAAUCUGAGCUCAUGUGGUGCAUUUGUAAUUGUCUUUUUCCGGCGUUUUUCGUUCUAAGAGCGUCCUCCGUUCAUACUUCGUGCGUCUUCAAUAUUCUCCCAGGAAACACUCUAUUGCCCGCAUUUAUAGAUCAGAUCUUAAUGACACUUGACAAGAACAAUAGUCCCUUCAACUAGCUCACUAGUUGAUUGUGAAACAUUGUUAACAGAACAUUUAAUGAUGAUUGUGGUCUAAGUAGGAGAUAUCGUAUCAUGUGUUGUUUGUAUUUUAACUAUUACAUUUCUUUAAUGUUCCAUCGCUGAGCUGUUUGUGGAACGGAGAAAACACGUUAUGACACUUUGCCUUUAUUGAAAGAGAAUCGCUCGAACGUUUGAAAAAUAUGUUGAUGAAAAGAAUGAUUAACAAAAAGUAUCAAUGGCACUAUCAACAAAUGUUGUGGCUGAUUUUAUAAAGCUGGAUAACAUGGAGGAAGAACCAGAUGCUAUCAACAGGACAGUCAAUUGUCUGGCGCCUAUGCCGGCAUUUCCUCAGGAAACAGGCACAAAGAACAAGGUACGUGUUCCCAAUUCGAAACUCAAUCUUGAUGCUAGGAGAUUUUGUAUCAAAGUGGAUCCACCGAGGUCGUCAAACAACAAACGUGGUCAACAUCUUGUGAUAAACUUGCUGAUUCCAGAGCACUUCCUAGCAUUGUCUAUCCGGUUAUCGGAUCUUCUUGAUGAGAUUGGAGCCGGAAAAUGCACUGUCAUGGAGCGGAGAGAAACAUAUUUGCGGAGAGAGCGUAUGAUGACGACAGCAGCACAAAUAACGGGAGGCACUGAGACAUGUUUUCAUUUCGGUAGCCAAUCUGAAGGCACCACAACUCCCGGUCUCAAUUCUGAUAUUGAUUUCCUACAUAGUGCCAUACGUGUGAACAUCAUGACAGACUGGAGAGAUUGGGAGUCUGGGAUGAAUAACCUUCUGAUGCUUCGUGACGACAUCACUCCACCUCAACAGUACUUGCUACAGGUCAUACACAAAUACACACCUGAACCGAUGACCAGUAUUGCCAAUGACUUGCUUGUAAGGAAAGAUUCUGGGCAAGUACUAUUCAGCUCAGAAAGAUGCAAGCAGGAAUUAGAGUAUAAAGCAUCACACUUAGGGGUAACCAAAAAUGGACCUUCUGUGAGUUUUAUUCCCAACUGGGAUAUGGUAUCGGCAUUUCAUGUCUGCAAACCUCUUCCUGAAAUACAUCACUGGAUUGACAGAUGUAGAGGUAGACAUUGGCCGCCUGCCAAAUUACUAGAGGCUGCACGACGAUCUCCGUCUUUCCUGGUGCCUGCAGGACAUCCAGACAGUGAUUACAAGCGUGAAGAAUGGCGCCUGUCUCCGAACCUUAUUGAACGAAUGUUGAUGUUUAGUUUCAAUAUGACACAAAUUAAAUGUUACAUUAGUCUAAAAAUAAUUAAAAAAGCCUUACUUAAUAAAAUAGUUGGGGAUUCUAUAACAAGUUUUCAUUGUAAAACUUUAAUGUUCUACACAAUAGAGCGAACACACCCUUCUCUGUGGAAGGAGCAUAACCUCAUGUUUCUACUUUUACUUUGUUUACAAGUAUUAAGAAAAUGGCUGCGACUGGGAAUCCUCCCUCAUUAUAUCAUAGAAGGAGUGAACUUGUUCGAUGGGAAACUGUCUGUUGUGCAACAGAGACGCCUUUUACAGUACGUGAACUACUUGAUAAAGAAUGACUUGCAAGAUUUAUUUCAUAUAGAUAUAGAUGAAUUCGGAUGUCGGUUACGAGCAUGUGGAAUACUGCGAAUCGGACAAGCAGGAGCAAGAGAAUUGGACCCUGUGAGGUUACGUUACGGUAUCAGGUGUUUGCUUAAGUUCGAGUACUUUGAAAAUUGUAGUUCAGUCUUAACAGAGAAAGUAUAUGCAAUGCAGAGUUCGAAUACAAACUUCCAGCAAGAUAUUCAAUAUAAAUUACGAGCUGUUGUUGAAAACUCAACGAAUGGCAAAUUGACAACCGUUGCUUUCGACUUAAUAUAUCACCUGUUUGCAUUACUCAAUUCAGUGCAGUCAUCAACGAGUUCGCGACUACCGAAUCCUGCUUUUAUCGAAAUAAUACGCCGCUUCCGAUAUUCUUUAAAAACGGAUGUCGUUUCUAGCGGCUUAAAGUUGGCGUCUGUGCUAUACUGCUUUGGACAUCUUCACGCGGCAAUCAGAGUGUUAGAGGACGUGGAAAAGAAAGAUCACAUCAAGGUCAAGUCUGUGUGUGGAAUGACAGAAAUAUAUGGAGAAAGAGAUCUCCAGGUAUUUGCUAACAUGAUGUCAGAUAGUUGUGACAACGUUCACAGUGAACCAUCAUUCGCAUUCUGUGUCAGCUUUAUUAGACAAGAAGCGCACUGCGCCCCAUACAUAUUGCUGUUCGAAAUGAAUCGCGGUAUGACUGAGGAGGAAGUGGCACAGAGACACCAUCAAGAGAAACGAUGGAUGGACAGCGCUGAGGUGGAUGCUCGUCCUUUCCUCCACUAUCUACAGUUUCUAACGUAUGGAGGGCUCGGUGAACGCAACAAACAGCUUCAUGAAUUUAAAAAACUCUGGUCUUGUAUAUUUGAUCAAAGAAAUUCAAUCAACAUGUAUCACUUAGAGACAGCGCUUAAUUUACUUGGUCACUGCUGUGAAAUGGAAGGCGACUAUCAAGGGGCGUUACUUUACUACGAGAUGUCGUUGCGUGAAAGGCAUACGAACAAUGCUGCAAACUGGCACGUACAGCGUGCGCAGCGCAUAAUAAGCAAUUAACAAUGAAUAUGACAACUUUGAAGAGUGCAAACUGAUAGCUAGACGUAUGUGCUUACAAACACUCUGUUUUAUCAGUUACUUCUUUUAGUUUAACAUUGUUUUGUAUGUAAAAUUAUGCAGCUCGUUUAACCAGCAAAGAUGAAGUUCAUGAUUAUUGUAAAGUAAUUAAGUAAAGUAUUAAAAUUAUACACUA